UGCCAGUCUGGGUAGACGACACUGAGUUCCACGGACCAAGGGUCUGACUCGGUAUCAUAAAGCAGCUCGCUCUGUUCCAGAUUUGGCACGCGGGGCGGGGGGGGCUCAUCCUCCUCCUCCUCCUGAGCCGCCCUGGCCAGACACUCGCCGGGCGUAAGGCGAGCAUGCGCGCCUCUCUCCCGCCAGCUCCUUCGCGCGGAAAGUCCGCGGCUUUGGCGCAAGUGGGGGGGCGUCCCGCUGGCUCUUCGGGAGCGGGCGGCUGGCCGGCAGGCAGGCAGAGCACGGGGGCUCUCCGGGGGCAGGAAACGGGCCGCCUCCAGCCCGCGCCAGGCGAGCAGGGAGAGGAGACCAGCGAGAGAGCGCUCGCCCGGUGGGCUGGUUGGCUGCUGUCGCAGUUUGGGGCGAUCAUUCCUGGCGCGGCUCCUCCCGGCUGUCCCUCGGAGGUGGGUCUGGAAAGGAUCGGCGAGAGGCUGAGCGGAGCCGAGGAGGAGAAAGAGCAGCAAACUCGGGAGGAGGAAGAGGAGGAGGAGGCGCAGCCCCUGAAGCCCAGGCGGGUGGCAUAAUUCAUCUCUGGCUUUGGGUUGCCAGCCAGCCAGCACAUUGGAGGAGGUGGGGAGAGAGAGAGAGAGAGAGAAGACGAGACCAUCUACAAGAGCCAUCAUCGCAUGCUCAGAGGCCAGGCACCAGAGCACGACAGUGCUGCGACCACCACCUUGGCAUCCAGGCAGGGAAAGAAGCCGCUGAGCCUGUGAUCAGCGUCAGCCGAUGGCCAAAGAUGGGGAGCUUGAGGUCCUCGCCAGCGGCAAGACGGGGAGCCCGAACGGAGACUCCAAGGAGACCCCCGGCAGCCUGGACGACGACGACGACGAGGUCUUUGUGAGCACGGAUGGCCCAGCCCCCAGGACCGCUGUGGCCGCCCCGUUCCGGCACUGCAGCGUGGAGGAGCUUUAUGAGCUGCAGGAGAAGAUCGGCAGCGGGCACUUCGGGGUGGUGAGGCGCUGCCAGGAGCGGACCACGGGCACCUUCUACGCUGCCAAGUCCGUGAAGAUGCGCCGGCAGAAAGGCAGCCGCCUGGGCCUGGACCGGGAGCAGGUGGAGCGGGAGGUCUGCAUCUUGCAGCAGCUGGAGCACCCCAGCAUCAUGCGGCUGUACGACGUCUUCGCCAGCAAGGCUGAGAUGGUCCUGAUUCUGGAGCUCAUCCAGGGGGGCGAGCUCUUUGACUUCAUUGCGGAGAAGGAGAUCCUGUCGGAGGAGGAAGCCAUUGAGUUCCUGAAGCAGAUCCUCCAAGGCGUGGCCUACAUGCAUUCCUGCCACAUUGCACAUUUCGACCUGAAGCCAGAGAACAUCAUGCUGUUUCAGAAGGAUGUCCCCAACCCCAGGAUCAAGAUCAUUGACUUUGGCCUGGCACAGAAGCUGGAGGAAGGCGUGACCUUCAAGAGCCUGUGUGGGACUCCACAGUACAUUGCUCCCGAAGUGAUCAACUACGAGGCUCUGAACUCGGCGACGGACAUGUGGAGCAUCGGGGUGAUUACGUACAUCUUGCUGAGUGGCAUGUCCCCAUUCCAGGGGGAGACAGAUGCAGAGACCCUCUCCAACGUCGUCUCUGGGACCUAUGAGUUUGAGGAGAAGUAUUUCAGCCAGACCUCGGACCUGGCCAAGGACUUCAUCCGGCAGCUUCUGGUGAAGGAGCCUGGGAGCCGAAUGAGUGCUGCCAGGUGCCUCGUCCACCCGUGGAUCAAGCCCCUGACCCGGAAACAGGCCAUGAACCGAAGCCGCUCUUCCAUCAACAUGAAGAAUUUCCGCAGGUUUAACGCUCGCCGGAAGUGGAAGCUCUCCUACAACAUGGUGUUUGCAUGCAACCGCCUGUGCCGUAUGCAGCGUUUGUGCCAUCGCAAGGAGGAGGAGGACGAACACCUGCGUGAUUGCGAGAGCGACCAGGAAGAGGAAGCCUGCAGCCUCAUGGCUCUGCUCCGCAGCCGGAGAAACAGCUGCUCCUGAACCCGGUCCCGGGAAAUGCCACGCGGCACGCUCCCCUGCCUACCCCUCCGUCCACCCCGCCGGAAGGACACGGUGCGCCGAUCUCCAGGCGCUGGGCUGGAUGAAGAUCCUCUACGGCAGAAGCUUCUGAGGUUGGUCCGGAGGCCCCGAGGCUGUGGGGUCCCGAGGCCUUAAUAUCGCCCAGGCUUCAAGGCCAGCAAAUAGCCCCAACUGUGGCCGGGGGGAUGAUGGGAGUUGUAGUCCAGCAACAGCGAAAACGUCCAUGCCUGGGCUGUGUUACAGCAAGGCACGAGUCCACCUUUGGGGGGCCCAGUACUUCGCAUGCAUCCUGCUUCGUCCCAUCAGAUCUCUACACCCCAGCCUCCUGGGCUCAAGAAAGAAAAUCUGUUUGAACGAGGCAGGCUGCCGGGUUUUCUUUGCAGGGAUGGGGGUGGAUUUAACGGCGAACCAUUUCAGCUAAACGUGGGGGCCGGGAAUCCCCAAUUUCCCCCCUCCACCCCGGGGUUCCGGACAAGGAAACGCUUCCGUUGGCUUCCCUGACUGACUAUACGUUUGCUUUCGUUUCGACAAAAGAAAUAAAAACUGCGAAAUCUUCCUGUC